AUGUGGGUGCCGGCAUUUGUUAACACGGUGUUGGCGCCGCUCAAGGGCUCUACUAGGCCAUUCCCUGUCCUAACCGGCCUGGAAGACAAAGUCGUUCAGCUGUCCUUGCAUUAUUUACCGGCGCUCUAUGAUACAAGAGUUCGCCGCUCACCUGUAUACCGAAGGCACCUCCGACCCCAAUUCCAGCUUGCCUGGGAUUACCUGAAUGGCCGCAAACCAAAACAACACCACCCUUAUAUUGUAUUCUACCGGCUGCGAAGCCAUCUUGAUGAUAUUUCAGGCAAGGGGAAUGAAUGGUGGGAGCAGAAACUCGGGAUCCGCCUCGCAGACAGAGGAAGUUCCAAAUGCGGCGACAUCAGGGAUGCGCGGACUGUACACUUCCACGUUGGGGUGGGAGUGAACCAGUGCUUGGUGUCGCUGCUCGCCAAAUCCGACAUCCUCUGGUGGCUGCCGAGGUACCCCCAGGGCCCUCCCAGACCGGACGAUCCGCAUCUCAUACUUUCCGACGACCCCCGGCUCCCGCACGCCUACGAUGGUGACACAACGAGCCCAGGGCCCUCUGGCCCCUGGCACGGCUAUCGCAUUCAGAUGCUAAACGCCAACGCCUUGACGGAGUCCGUGCUGUAUCUGAUUGCCAGAGACAGCGAUGGGCCGUGCCCUGCUCCAGAUGUCCAACCCCCGCCGUGGUUUGACAGUUGGAAACUCAUGAGCUUCGAGUUGGAUGAUAGCAACCGGCCUGAUACACCUGCAUACAGAAGGCGUAUCCGGCCGGAGUUCCAGUUUGCCUGGGACUAUCUCUGCGGCCGAGGACCUCCAGGCCACUGUGUCUGA